GUCGGCAGUCACGGUGUUUUCAAUGCUGAACGAUGCCCUUGUCAUCAUCAAAGCUUGAUGCGCUAGGCUGCUUUUAGCCUAGACUGGAAUUUGCUGGGCCUUUCCCACUUCAAGAAAAAAAGUGACAACAUCAGUGACGCCAAAAGAGCUUCCUCCCCCAACUGUUCUCCAACACCUAGGUUUGCUACAAGGUGUUCUAUUAUUUUCUUCUUAACAUAGUUGUCCUUCUAUUCUAUUACGAAACUUCGGCGCUUCACUGCUGUUCUUCCGCCUGAGACUUUACCCUUGCCCGCUCGCAGAGAACCAUCUAGAUUCUCGCCAAAAUGCAGGCUCCUGUGGUGGUGAUGAACACCCAGAGUGGGGACAGACAAGUCGGUCGGAAAGCACAAUUGUCCAACAUUACAGCCGCAAAGACUGUGGCAGAUAUUAUUCGAUCAUGUCUUGGGCCGAAAGCUAUGUUGAAGAUGCUUCUUGAUCCCAUGGGAGGAAUUGUUCUCACCAACGACGGACAUGCCAUCCUUCGAGAAAUCGAGGUGGCUCACCCCGCAGCAAAGAGUAUGAUCGAACUCAGCCGAGCACAAGACGAGGAAGUUGGUGAUGGCACUACAACUGUGAUAAUUUUGGCCGGUGAAAUGCUGGCUCAGGCUCUCCCCCAACUCGAACGAAACAUCCACCCUGUCGUUAUCAUCUCCGCGUUCAAACGGGCUCUUUCAGAUGCACUUGCCAUUGUGGAAGAUAUAUCUCUACCAGUGGAUGUUCACGAUGACAAAGAUAUGUAUAAAUUGAUACAGUCUUCAAUUGGCACGAAGUUUGUUUCUCGGUGGUCAGAACUCAUGUGCAGCUUGGCAUUGAAGGCAGUGAGAACAGUUUCACAUGAUGCUGGUGGUGGAAAACAGGAGGUCGAUAUCAAGCGCUAUGCUCGUGUAGAAAAGAUACCGGGUGGAGAGAUUGAGGAUAGCGAGGUCAUUGAUGGAGUCAUGCUCAACAAGGACAUCACCCACCCCAAAAUGCGGCGGAGAAUAGAAAACCCAAGAAUUAUCCUUCUGGAUUGCCCUCUUGAAUAUAAGAAGGGAGAGUCGCAGACGAACAUCGAAGUUUCGAAAGAGGAUGAUUGGAACCGGAUAUUGCAAAUCGAGGAGGAGCAGGUUAAACUUAUGUGUGAUGCAAUUCUUGCUCUGAAACCGGAUCUUGUGAUUACCGAGAAGGGUGUAUCCGAUUUGGCGCAGCACUACUUGGUCAAGGCGAAUGUCACUGCGCUUCGACGUGUUCGCAAGACUGACAACAACAGAAUUGCCCGUGCAACCGGUGCAACGAUCGUUAAUCGAGUGGAUGACCUACAAGAAUCAGACGUCGGAACUCGAUGUGGCAUUUUCGAAAUUGAGAAGAUCGGCGACGAGUACUUUACAUUCCUCAGGAAAUGCACGAGCCCUAAAGCUUGCACGAUUUUGUUGAGAGGCCCUUCAAAAGACAUUCUCAACGAAAUUGAACGGAAUUUACAAGACGCGAUGUCCGUUGCAAGGAAUGUCAUUUUCCAUCCUCGUCUCUCACCAGGUGGUGGAGCAACCGAGAUGGCGGUAUCGGUGAGAUUGUCGCAGCUGGCAAAAUCCGUCGAAGGUAUUCAGCAGUGGCCCUACAAGGCUGUUGCAGAUGCGAUGGAAGUGAUCCCUAGAACACUCAUCCAGAAUGCUGGCGCCAGCCCUAUUCGCAUCCUUACGAACCUAAGAGCCAAACAUGUCGAAGGUAACAACACCUAUGGCGUUGAUGGAGAUACUGGAGAAGUUGUUGAUAUGAAAGAAUAUGGUGUGUGGGAGCCUGAGGCAGUCAAAUUACAGAGCAUCAAAACUGCAGUCGAGUCCGCAUGCAUGUUACUUCGAGUCGAUGAUAUCUGUAGUGCCAAAACUCUGAAGCAAGCGGCGAAUGUUGGCGGUGGUGAUGAAUAAAUGACUUAGAGCUUUUAACCUUUGGAUGAAUCUUUUCCCACCUCACGCAAAUCAUUCAACAGCAUCUAGACCUGUAUGAUAAGCGAAAAAUUAAUUAAAUACAAAUACAAAUAAAAGCAGCUAUGUGGGUAUCAUAUUAU